AUGUCAACAACACAUCAGGAUACUACCAGCUACUCGUGUUUGUGCUUCCAUUCUUCCAUACAAUCACAAUUUUACGGACUGCCUGAUGACAUAUUACGAGAUAACAUCUUUCCUUUCAUAGAAGGAAUUGAAUUGAUUUCCUAUUUCCGACUAGUUUGUAAGAAGUGGCAGCAAAUUAUAAGGGAAUGUCCCUUCUCUUUCAAUGUAGGACGAAAACUUGGAUUGGAAUUACAAACCAAUGAAGAUUUUUGGAAUUUUUGUGACGAUGGAUUGUUUUUUGGAAUGGAAAGAGCAGAAUUCUGUGAGAUUGGUUUGGGGGUGAUGGAAUGUUUUCCCUAUUUUGAAAAUUUACAAGUUUUAAAAUUGAAAAAGAGUUUACUUUCGGAUGAUAAUUCAUAUUAUGUAUCCAAAUUGAAGGGUUUAAAGAGAUUGGAAAUUGAUCAUUGUGUUUUGGAGCCAAAAGUAUUUUCCUAUAUUUCACAAAUUCAGAGUUUAAAAGAAUUACAGUUAGAUAAGAAUUAUUACAAUGGAGAGUUGAAGAACUUGACUAGAUUGAAGCAUUUGAAAUUAUUGGAGCUAGUGAAUUGUGAAUUAGAACUGAAAGACAUCAAUCUGUUAUUAGAAUUUGGAUCACUAAGUCAUCUUAAUUUGGAGCUCAACAAGAUUGGUAAUUUACAUGCUGAAUGCAUUUCUAAUAUGAGAACUUUGACAUUUCUUGGAUUGAAUAAUACUAAUAUUACAAUACUCAGUUUGGAAGUUCUUUAUUUGGGAUUUAAUGAAAUUGAUGCAGAAGGUGUUGAAUAUCUUGUGAAAAUGAAAACUUUAAAGACACUCAUUUUGAACGAUAACCCGAUUGGUCAACUAGGAGCAGUCUUGAUUUCUAAAUUGACUAAUUUACGAGAAUUGAAUUUAACAAACACUUGUAUGAACGAUAAGGGAGUUGAAUAUAUUUCUAAAAUGGCCAGUUUACGAGAUCUCCAAAUUGGCACAAAUCACAUGAUUACCAAGUUGGGAGCUCUUUAUCUUUCCCAAAUGAAAAACCUCCAAAGACUCUCUGUUCCUGCAACUUCUAUUAAUGAUCAGGGAGUUGAAUUUCUAGUCAACUUGGACUCGUUGCAAUACCUUGAUGCCAGAGGUUUACCAUUAUCAAUCAGAGGGCUUGAGACUCUUUGA